UCUAGGGACAUUUCGGCCAUGUCAGUUCCUUCACAAUUUGGUUAAUAGCCAAAUUCGUUUUUGUGGUUGCAUAAUAAAUCUUUUGGAAAAUGUUACAAUCGUCAAAAUUAUCGUGUUACGUACGUUCCGCCAAUCAGGUUGUCAGUAACAACUUAAAGCAAGCCACCCCCAAUGCAGUCAUCCCCAAGAAAGCUAUCACCAAACCUCCCCUCGAAGUCCACACCAGCUACACGCUGAGCCGCCAGCUGCCUUUGGGGAAGUUCGUCACGGUCUCCGGCCCCGCUGUAUCGACCCAAGUACGCUUUGCACACACCGACAUCAAAGUACCAGACUUUUCCUCUUAUCGGCGAACGCAGGUGAUCGAUCCCAAUGUCAAGAGUUCGAGCACGGUCGACGAACGUCAGAACAUGACGUACCUGAUAGCCGGAGGUGGACUAAUAGGCACCAUGUACAGCGCCAAGGCACUCGUAACGAAAUUCAUCUCGUCAAUGAGCGCGUCCGCCGACGUACUCGCGUUAGCCAAAAUUGAAGUGAAACUAUCCGAGGUCCCCGAGGGCAAGUCCGUAACGUUCAAGUGGCGAGGCAAGCCGCUAUUCAUCCGUCAUAGGACCGCCGAGGAGAUCGAGGCCGAACGUUCCGUUCCGGUUUCGAGCCUACGCGAUCCGCAGCACGACGACGAGCGCGUCAAGCGGCCCGAGUUUCUAAUCGUUCUGGGCGUCUGCACGCAUUUGGGUUGCGUGCCGAUCGCAAACGCCGGCGAUUUCGGCGGCUACUACUGUCCGUGUCACGGUUCUCACUACGACGCGUCCGGACGAAUUCGGAAAGGGCCCGCCCCGCUUAAUUUGGAAAUUCCCGAUUACGAGUUUGUAGAUGAUCUUGUUAUUGUGGGUUGAGCCGGGUUCACAUGUUAUUUAUUUUUAAGUAUAAAGUGACAUGUAGACGUUUAGGUAAAAUAAUUUUUGUAAAUACUGUACUCAAGUGGAAAACACGCAAGUUUCAAUAAACUCUUAAGAUUUA